AGAUGUGAGAAUCCCCGCAUUUGCAGCUCAGAACAUCCAUUAUUGUCUUAAUUUCCUUUAUGACGAAUCACUUAUCUGCCAUGCAUUUUUCUUCCUUCUCUUCUUUUUUUCCCCUUUUUUUUAAAAACAAAAAUUGUUAGCAUUCAUCAUCGUUGGCCAUAGGCAUUUGGCUGUCGGUAUUAGGCCAUCGUAAUGUCGGGCCCAAAUAACUUUGUGCAGUUGUUGCUCUUGAUCUCUUGCUGUAAUGUUGCGGUGCUAUUUUUUCAGGCCGACGCAACUUUUGAAUUUGAAAAUGAUUCGUUCAAUAAUGAUAACAAUAAUCAUACGGGAGUUUGGUUUGAGAUGCUGCAUAGGCAUUCUCCAAAGCUCAAGUCAGAAAGCGAAUUUCUUGGACCGCCGAAGAGCAGACUUGAUGGCAUGAGCCAGCUGUUCCACAGCGACAUGGCCAGGCGCCAAAUGAUUGCUUCCCUCCGACAGGGCAAGAGAAGAAAGGCCUUUGAGGUGAGCCAGACAGCCCAGAUUCCGCUACGGUCGGGUGCAGACUCCGGACUGGGACAAUAUUUUGUAUCAAUUCGGAUCGGAACACCUCGCCCCCAGAAGUUUAUUUUGAUAACAGAUACAGGCAGCGAUCUGACCUGGAUGAAUUGUGAAUACUUGUGCAAAGAUUGUCCAAAGCCCAAUCCUCACCCUGGAAGGGUCUUUCGCGCUAAAGAUUCUUCAUCAUUUCGCACAAUUCCAUGCUCUUCUGAUGAUUGCAAGAUUGAGCUCCAAGAUUACUUCUCUCUCACCGAAUGUCCUACUCCAAACGCACCCUGCAAAUUUGAUUACAGAUAUUUAAAUGGCCCGAAUGCGGUGGGAGUCUUUGCUAACGAGACCGUCACAGUUGGACUUCACAGUCACAUGAAGGUAAGGCUGUUCGAUGUUCUGAUUGGGUGCACCGAAUCAUACAGCGAGGGUAGUGGUUUUCCCGACGGGGUGAUGGGCUUGGGUUACAGAAAGCAUUCUUUAGCUCUAAGGCUGGCAGAAAUAUUCGGCAACAAGUUCUCAUAUUGCUUGGUAGAUCACUUGAGUUCGAGUAAACAUAAAAACUUCCUCAGUUUUGGAGAUGUCCCAGAAAUGAAGAUGCCAAAAAUGCAGUAUACAGAGUUACUCCUUGGUUACUUAAAUGCAUUUUAUCCUGUAAACGUCUCAGGGAUCUCUGUGGGCGGCAGUAUGCUUAAUAUCUCAUCGGAGAUAUGGAAUGUUACGGGUGAGGGAGGAAUGAUUAUUGAUUCGGGUACCUCCUUGACACUGCUAGCGGGAGAAGCUUACGACAGAGUUGUGGAUGCUUUGAAGCCUGUGAUUGCUCGAUACACCAAGGUAGUGCCUCCUGAGCUGCCAGAUUUGAACGACUUGUGUUUCGAGGAUGAAGAAUUCGACAAGGCCACCAUACCGAGACUGCUAAUUCAUUUUGCGGAUGGGGCUAUAUUCAAGCCCCCAGUGAAGAGCUAUAUCAUUGAUGUGGCGCCAGGGAUCAAGUGUGUUGGAAUUGCGAGGGCAGAUUUUCCAGGAAGUUCUAUAUUGGGUAACAUAAUGCAGCAAAAUCAUUUUUGGGAGUACGAUCUUGGAAGGGGAAAAUUGGGCUUUGGUCCUUCUUCCUGUGUAACGUCCGACUCCAACUCGAAGCAGCAUUAGAAAUUAAAUAUUCUUUCUUGUUAUUUUUUAUUCAAAACUUAAAUUACUCUGCCGCGACAACUUGGCAGAAUAGUACAUUUUAUGUAACCAUAUAUAGUAUGUGAAUCAACUUGGAGGACUUUCUUUUCUA